GCUCAGAUACACAGCUAUCGCUAAACCCUAGGCGGUAUCCUGAAUGGAUCUUCCCACCCUAUACAAGUGUACUAUAUUCCCUAUAUCCAAUAGCGGCUCGUGCACGGCGUCUAGUGCACUACGCGUACAGUAGGGUUAUAUUUGAGACGCGUCCAGUGGUCAGCCGGCCGAGCCGAGGAGCUCUGCAUACAGAAGAAAUCCCUCGAUUGUCCUUUUAGUGCCUGGCCAUGGAGCUGGCACACAGUCUGCUGCUCAAUGAAGAUGCUUUGGCCCAAAUCACAGAGGCCAAGAGGCCAGUCUUCAUAUUCGAGUGGUUGCGUUUCCUCAACAAGGUCCUCGUAGCUGCCAACAAGGUGGAUGUGAAGGAAAAGCAGAAAAAGCUGGUGGAGCAGCUCACCAAUUUGAUCAGCAGCAACCCAGGACCUCCGACACGGAAGCUGCUGGCUAAAAACCUGGCCACGCUCUACAGCAUCGGCGACACCUUCACCGUCUUCCAGACCCUGGACAAGUGCAAUGAUAUCAUCAAGAACAAAGACGACACUCCGGCGUACCUGCCCACCAAACUGGCUGCGGUGGCGUGUGUCGGAGCGUUUUACGAGAGAAUGGGUCGUAUGCUGGGCAGCUCUUUCCCGGAAACCAUCAACAACCUCCUGAAAGCCCUGAAGAACGCAGAGUCACAGGGUCGAGGUGAGAUCCUCCUGAGCCUGCAGAAGGUGCUGAGCGGUCUCGGAGCUGCAGCCGCCUCGUGCCACAGAGACAUCUAUAAAAACGCCCGCUCUCUCCUCACAGACCGCUCCAUGGCCGUGCGCUGCGCCGUGGCGAAGUGUUUGUUGGAGCUGCAGAACGAGGCGGUGUUCAUGUGGACAGCGGAGUUGGAGAACGUGGCCACGUUGUGUUUUAAAGCUCUGGAAGGUUCUACGUACGGAGUGCGUGUGGCCGUGUCCAAACUGCUGGGGACGGUCAUGGCCACGGCGCUCAUGCCCAAACAGGCUGCAGUGAUGAGACAGAACGUAAAGCGCGCUACACUGGAUGAGGUCCUGGAGCUGAUGGCCACGGGCUUCCUGCGUGGUGGAUCCGGUUUCCUGAAGAGUGGUGGUGAGAUGCUGAAAGGAGGUGCGUCGGUCAGCAGGGAGGUGCGCGUGGGAGUCACUGAGGCGUAUGUGGUGUUCGUGACGGUGCUGGGUGGUCAGUGGCUGGAGCGUAACUUCGCCACCUUCCUGAGUCACCUCCUGGAGCUGGUGGCUCACCCGCGCGCCACACAGAGUCACGUGGAGGCGGUGUACUCGCGCCGCUGCGUCUCAUUCGCCCUGCGCGCCACACUCGGCGCCCUGCUGGGAGAAAAGGCGCAGAUCGCCGCCGCUAAGGACAUCUGCCAGGCCAUCAGCAAGCAGAUGAGGGCAGUGGGUAAGGAGCAAAAUGGGGGGGAAAUAUCCAGGUUCAGAGCACUGCAGAAGGCGGUGGUGAGCGACAGCAGCGGGGAGAAUAAGGGCACGGCGGCCGACGUCUCUGCCAGUCAACACGUGAUGGUGUGUGCCCUUAAAGAGCUGGGCAGCCUGGUGCAGAGCCUCAGUGCCACGGCCGCUCCCCUCAUCCAGGAGCCUUCCAUCGGUCUGUUGGAGACGGUGAUGUCGGUGCUGCUUCAUCCCAGCAUGGCGGCUCGUCUAGCGGCGGCCUGGUGCCUGCGCUGCGUUGCCGUGGCGCUGCCCAAUCAGCUGACCCCUCUGCUGGACCGAUGUGCAGAGCGAAUCAACGCCCUGAAGAGUUCACCCGAAGCUGUGAGCGGGUACAGCUUCGCCAUGGCCGCCCUGCUGGGCGCGGUGCACCAGUGUCCACUGGGUAUUCCUCACUCCAAGGGCAAGAUGGUGGUGAGUAUAGCGGAGGAUCUGCUGCGCUCUGCGGCCCAGAACAGUCGUCUCUCUCUGCACCGGACACAGGCCGGCUGGCUACUGCUGGGAGCGCUCAUGACUUUAGGCUCGUCCCUGGUGCGCUAUCACCUGCCCAAGAUGCUGCUGCUGUGGAGGAACGUGUUCCCUCGCUCUCAGAAGGAGCUGGAGGCGGAGAAGGCCAGAGGAGACUCCUUCACCUGGCAGGUCACUCUGGAGGGCCGAGCUGGAGCGCUCUGUGCCAUGCGGAGUUUCGUGGCUCACUGCCCCGAGCUUCUCACCGAGGACGUGAUCCGGAGACUCAUGACUCCUAUCGAAUGCGCCAUGACCAUGAUGGCUCACGUUCCUGCCGUUAUAAAAGUCCAUGGUGCUCAUCUGAAGGCCAGUGCAGCGAUGGUUCGCCUCCGUCUCUACGACAUCCUCGCCCUCCUUCCUCCCAAAACAUACGAAGGCAAUUUCAGCGCUCUCCUGAGGGAGCUGGUAGCCGAGUUUACUCUGACCGAUAAUUCGUCCAACACCACCACGUCCCUGCUGCGUUCCCUCUGUCACUAUGACGACAGCGUCCUCAUGGGCUCCUGGCUGCAGGAGACCGAUCACAAGUCCAUCGAAGACCAGUUGCAGCCAAACAGUGCCUCAGGAAGCGGCGCCCUGGAGCACGACCCCUCCUCUAUUUACCUGCGUGUCCCUGUAGGUGAGGCCGUCCCCGGGCCGCUGCCCCUCGGAGUGUCUGUCAUCGAUGCGUCAGUGGCUCUGUUCGGUGUCGUGUUCCCCCACGUCUCCUUCAAACACAGGCUCCAGAUGCUGGAUCAUUUUGCUGAGUGCAUUAAACAGGCCAAAGGAGUGAGACAGCAGGCCGUGCAGCUCAACAUCUUCACCGCCGUGCUCAGUGCCCUGAAGGGUCUGGCUGAGAAUAAGAGCACUCUGGGUCCCGAGGAGGUGCGGAAGUCUGCGCUGGCUCUGGUGAUGGGAGCUCUAGAUAACCCCAACCCCAUCCUGCGCUGUGCUGCGGGUGAAGCCUUGGGGCGCAUGGCGCAGGUCGUCGGAGAGGCCACGUUCAUCGCCAGCAUGGCUCAACACAGCUUCGACAAGCUGAAGUCUGCUCGAGACGUCGUCUCCAGAACGGGUCACUCUCUGGCUCUGGGCUGCCUGCACCGAUACGUGGGCGGAAUCGGUUCGGGUCAGCACCUCAAGACCAGCGUCAGUAUCCUGCUCGCCCUGGCACAGGACGCCACGUCGCACGAGGUCCAGACAUGGGCUCUGCACUCCCUGGCUCUGAUCGUGGACUCGAGCGGCCCGAUGUAUCGAGGUUACGUGGAGCCGACUCUGUCUCUGGUGCUGACUCUGCUCCUCACCGUUCCCCCCUCACACACAGAGGUGCACCAGUGCCUGGGCCGCUGCCUCGGAGCCCUCAUCACCACCGUGGGCCCCGAGCUCCAGGGCAACAGCGUGACGAUCUCCACCAUCCGCUCGUCGUGUCUGGUCGGCUGCGCCAUCAUGCAGGAUCACUCGGACUCUCUGGUGCAGGCGGCCGCCAUCUCCUGCCUCCAACAGCUGCACAUGUUCGCACCGCGCCACGUCAACCUGUCCAGCCUGGUGCCCUGUCUCUGUGUGCACCUGUGCAGUUCUCACCUGCUUUUGCGGCGCGCAGCCGUGGCGUGUCUGAGGCAGCUGGUCCAGAGAGAGGCGGCGGAGGUGUGUGAGUACGCCAUGAGCCUCGCCAAGAAGGCUGGAGACAAUAAGGACAGCGCCACUAUCAACCUGAACAUCAGUGAGACGGGGCUGGAGGGCGUCCUGUUCGGAAUGCUGGACCGCGAGACGGACAGGAAGUUGUGCUCGGACAUCCACGACACGCUGGGACACAUGCUGUCCUCUCUGGCGGUGGGGAAACUCUCACACUGGCUCAAACUGUGCAAAGACGUCCUCGCUGCCAGCACAGAGGUCGGAGGCGCCGUGGCGUUCGAGGUGGAGAAAGAGGAAGAAGACUCGGAGAAGAAGGAUGAAAUGGACGAUGACAUCAUGUUCACGGGACUGGGCGAGGACGACAAGUCAAAGCCGUCCGUCGCCCCCCGCUGGGUGACCCGCGUGUUCGCCGCUGACUGCCUCUGCCGGAUCAUUCACCUGUGUGAAAACGCAGACAAAACACACUUUGACCUGGCGGCAGCUCGGACCGCCAAAGCCAAGAACCCUAAAGGUGACCUGCUGGUGCUGCAUCUGUCCGAUCUGAUCCGGAUGGCCUUCAUGGCUGCCACGGAUCACAGUCACCAGCUGCGCAUGGCCGGCCUGCAGGCUCUCGAGGACAUCAUUAAGAAAUUUGCCUCGGUGCCCGAGCCGGAGUUUCCUGGUCAUGUGAUCUUAGAACAGUAUCAGGCCAACGUUGGUGCAGCUCUCCGACCCGCCUUCUCCCCUGACACGCCCUCCGACAUCACAGCCAAAGCCUGCCAGGUGUGCAGUGCCUGGAUCGGCAGCGGUGUAGUGAGCGACCUGAAUGACCUGCGGCGCGUCCACAACCUGCUGGUGUCCUCUCUGGAUAAAGUGCAGGCGGGUAAAGGCUCAUCCAGCCAGCUGUACAGCGAGAGCGCCACCACCAUGGAGAAACUUGCCGUGCUGAAAGCCUGGGCCGAGGUCUACGUGGUGGCGAUGAAGCUGAAGAAGGAGGCGGAGUCCAGGCCGGCACGCCCCGUGCGCAGCGGUGAGGACGAUGACGACGAGGAAGACGUGGGUGAUGAAGGUGAUGUGCUUCCCGCAGACAGUCUGAUCACGCUGGUGCAGCCCGAGCUGCCGAGUCUGAGCCGCCUGUGGCUCGCCGCUCUGAGAGACUACGCCCUGCUCACGCUCCCGGCCGAGUUCGCCAGUCAGCUGCCUCCUGAAGGAGGAGCUUUCUACACUCCCGAGACCAUUGACACGGCACGUCUGCACUACCGCAGCUCCUGGGCUCCCAUCCUGCACGCCGUCGCUCUCUGGCUCAGCACCACUGACUUCGGAGCCCCUGAUGGUCCCGAGGAGCCUCAGAACGCCACCGGUACCGGGCCUGUCGGGUUUCCUCAGGGUCCUGCUGCCCCCAGCAAGAGCCACGACGAGCUGGUCAAAGACAGAAUGCAUCUGCUCUUGGGCAUCAGUAUUGAGUUCCUGUGCUUCCCAAGGCCUGAGGAACCCAUCGAGCGGGUGAUGUCAUGCCUGAAGGCUCUGAGCACGCUGCUCGAGUGCCCACGGGCUCGGAAACACAUCGCCGAGGAUCAGAUGCUGGCGGUGGAGCUGCUGAACGUCCUGCACAGGUUGUUAUUAACACGUGACCCCCCCAGCGUUCAGCUGCAGGUGACGGCCGUGGUGCAGGAGACCAUCCGCUCGGCUCACGAACAUCUGGAGCAGCUCAGGAGCUCCGAGAGUGCUGAAGAAGGCGGGGAGAAGGAAUGGCCCCGCCUCCUCGGAGAGGGCGGAGACUCGGGGGAGCUGCAGCCGGGGAAGUCUCUGGUUUUUGCCGCCAUGGAGCUGCUGGUGUUCCUCCUGGUGCGUCACCUUCCUCAAAUCAACGCCAAAGCAUCAGACUCUCCGAGCCACGUUCCCAUCAAACCUCAGCAGCUGUCCGAGCACAGCAACCGCCUGCUCGCGGUCACUGUGGGCAUCCUGGCAGAACUGCCUGCUCUGUGUUCUCCUGCAGGGAGCAUGACCAUCCUGCCCACGGUGCUGUUCCUGAUCUGCGGGGUUCUGAGGGAGACGGCGGUGAAGGCAGCAGACGGCGCCGUGUCUCCUCCCGUCUCCGCCUCCCUGCAGGCCAUCAAGACCAUCAUCACGUCUCCACUGAGCCGCGUGGGACACAUCCAGCAGCAGUGGAGCAGCCUGGUGAGGAGCAGCCUGGCAUCGGUGCUGGAGUACUCUCAGCCUGAUGAGUCCAGGCCCAGUGUGGAUGAGGUGAGCAUGCUGACGGCCAUCACUCUCUUCCUGGUGUCUGCCGGCUCCGAGCUGCUCGGAGUAACCAGCUUACAGAAGGGCUGCAUGGAGCGUUUCAGAAACGCCCUCAACUCCACCGACCCUCUGGUACAGGCACGGUGUUACCAGCUGCUGCUGUCAGUGUUCCAGCACUCAGUGCGCGCUCUCUCCACCCCCUACAUCCACGCUCUGGCCCCGGUGCUGGUGGAGAAGCUGAAGGCGGCAGAGCGCUCGCGUCCCUCCACCCCGGCCGAGCUCCACGCCCUGCAGGAGGGGGUCCGAGUGCUCGAGGGCCUGGUGGGGCUUGGCGAGGAGCAGAACCGUGUUCAGCUGCUGGCUCUGCUCGUCCCCACCCUCAUCUCCUACCUGCUGGACGAGAACACCUUCUCCUCGGCUCCGCCCACCUCCAAGGCUCUUCACGAGUUCGCUCUGCAGAACCUGAUGUGCAUCGGGCCGCUCUACCCCGCCGCCUUCAAGACCGUCAUGGGGGCGGCACCCGAGCUCAAGCCCCGCCUCGAGGCAGCCAUCAGAGCCAAUCAGGCCAGCAACAAAGCCAAGGCCACGGCUAGACAGGCCCAGCCCACUGUCCAGGCCACGCCCACUAUCAAACUCAAGACCAGCUUCUUCUAGGAGUUUUGAGUUACAUUUUUGGGACCAAAUUGGUACAAAAUUGGGUUUGAAUGUUAAAAUACAACGGUGUGUGUGUUGGUAAACAUCCUGGUAGCUGUCGUAACAAACACGCUGAGUUACAAUUCGCACCUUAAUCACAAAAAGAAAUAGAAUUAGAAGCACUUUUUCAUGAAGUCAUAAACACUCACCUCAUCUUCAUUCCGACAAUUCAAACACUUUUUUUAUUCCAUACUUUUUAAAAUUAGUUUCCUUGUCUUAUGAUUGUCUUUGCGUCUGUAUUUGCAGAUUUUGUGACUGGAAGGUUUUGUUGUUGUUGUUGUUUUGGACAUUAUGUGAAACAGGACACACACUGAAGUGUCUCUGUGCUGCUGCUUUAUUCCGUCUCGCACGUACCGAGUGAAAGGUCUCUGUAAAUAUCAGCGCAUGUUGAGCUCUCCUCUCUUUCUUAUUUAUUAUGCGGUUGAUGAGAGAUCCACUGAAGCUGCACAGAUGUUACAGUUUGCCGUUUUAUCGUCUGUUUUAGUGUCCGAGCGAGGAAUAAACACGAGUCCCGAGGGAAUACAGCGUCAGGAGAAACCCUGCUGAACAAAUGCAACCUGAUCAUAAUAAAGAAAAAAAUAUAUUACACAUGAA